AAUGAAGACAAGCAGCAGACAAACAAGUUGCACAACUUCAAAGUGGGUGUUGUCUCUCACCAAAAGUUAUAUAACAUCUUCCACUCUAGCUGGAUAGGCACUUUCUCUUCUGUGCAGGUCAGGAACGCAUUGCUUGGAGAGCACCGCACAGCACACCACCUCCAACCUCCCAAUGGAUCUCCUGGGAGCAAUGGCGCUUUUCUUGGUCAUCUGCCUCUCCUGCCUGAUGGUCCUCUCAACAUGGCACCAGAUGCACCGCAAAAGCAAGAUGCCCCCUGGACCAACUCCCCUCCCCUUGAUUGGGAACUUUCUCCAAGUCAACACAAGUGAUAUGUACCGGUCGCUCAUGAAGAUCCGUGAGAAAUAUGGUUCUGUCUACACCAUCCACUUAGGGCCUCGCCGGAUUGUGGUGCUGUGCGGAUAUGAUGCAGUGAAAGAGGCCCUGGUGGAUCAGGGUGAAGAGUUUAGUGGCCGUGGGGAGCAAGCCACAUUUGACUGGAUUUUCCAGGGUUACGGGGUCGCCUUCAGUAACGGGGAGCGGGCCAAACAGCUGCGCAGAUUCUCCAUCAUGACCCUGCGGAAUUUUGGGAUGGGAAGGAGAUCCAUUGAAGAGCGGAUUGUGGAGGAGGCUCAUUUCCUGCUGGAAUCCCUGCGGGGCACAAAAGGUGUGCCCUUUGACCCCACCUACUUUCUGAGCCGCUCAGUCUCCAAUGUCAUCAGCUCCAUCGCCUUUGGCAACCGCUUUGAAUAUGAGGAUAAGGAGUUCCUGUCCUUGCUGAGCAUGAUCAAUGAAAGCUUCCGGUUCACAGCCACCGCUUGGGGGCAGCUCUACGACAUAUUCUCAAAUGUCAUGCAGUACCUGCCUGGCCCACAACAUGAAGCCUUCAAGAAGCUUUUGGGCCUGGAGGAGUUCAUCACAAGGAAGGUAAAGGUCAACCAGGAGACCCUGGACCCCAACUCCCCUCGGGAUUUCAUUGACUGCUUCCUGGUGAAAAUGCAGCAGGAGAAAGAAAACCCCAACUCAGAGUUCUCCCUAAAGAAUCUGGUUAUGACAACACUCACCAUCUUCUUUGCUGGCACAGAGACCGUCAGCACCACCUUGCGCUAUGGCUUCCUGCUUCUGCUGAAAUACCCGGAGAUCGAAGAGAAGGUCCACAAGGAGAUUGACCGUGUGAUUGGCCAGAAUCGCUCUCCCAACAUGGAUGAUCAGACCCAGAUGCCUUACACAGAAGCUGUGAUCCAUGAGAUCCAGAGAUUUUCUGACAUGAUCCCCAUGGGAUUAGCACGACGUGUGACCCGUGAUACCCAGUUCCGGGGAUACACCAUUCCCAAGGGGACUGAAGUGUUUCCCGUGCUGGGAUCCGUGCUGAGAGACCGCAAACAUUUUGCAAGACCUGAAGUGUUUGACCCCCAGCACUUCCUGGAUGCGAACGGGCAGUUCAAGAAGAACGAAGCCUUUAUGCCAUUCUCCAUUGGGAAACGCUAUUGCUUUGGGGAGCGGCUGGCCCGGAUGGAACUCUUCCUUUUCUUCACCAGCAUCCUGCAGAACUUCCGCUUCAAGUCUCUCAUCCCACCGGAAGAAAUCGACAUCUCCCCCAUGCUGGUUGGGUUUGCCACCAUCCCACGUUUCUAUGACAUCUCUGUCAUCCCCCGCUGACGGGGGGCAGGCGGCUUGUAAAGUAGAGCCCCACCAUCAUCACCAGACCUGGCCAGUAGCGUAGUGGCAAAUUCAGAAGUGCAGGAUCCCUUCAUGAUAGUCACAGCCACUAGGGUUGCCAGGUCCAUGGCCUGAGACUGAUCCUGUAUCUUUAGGAGAAGAGAAAGUCAGCCAAGGGCAGGUGUUCUUGCAACAGUGUAAUGGGAAAAACCACAAGGUGGAAUUCUCCCUUCCCCCUGCACAUCUUUUAAAGAUACAGAAGACCCCUUGGAGGCUGGGCCUGGCAACCAAGGAAAAUUAAACACAGAUAAUAUUUGAAACUACAGCAACUUAAAAUCACUUAAAGAUAUCUUAAAGUGAUGUGAUACAUAUUUGCAUAAGCUAAUUAACUGAGACAAUAAAAAUAUGAACUAACAGGAUAAA